AUGGAGCUGGAGAAUUUCUUCAAGAUGACAUUGAAUUUAUAUUUAGGCCUUAGGAGACUAUCCUUGAAACAAAAACCCAAGAGAUUUAAGACCAGAAAUGUAGUUUCAUUUAUUUCCAAUUCUUCUGGUAUCUUGACUAACUGUAAUAGGCAGCCUUGGCAGUUACAGAAACGCCUGCAGACUACAAUUCCUGCUGCAUCUUUACCCCAGCGCUCGGGGUGGUGGCCUGGAACAAUAUCUGCAUUGGCCCAGAAGAUGCUCUUCGCCUUGGAAUCAAAGGCUCAAGGCUUCUCGUUUUCUUUCUCCACACGAGUGCGCCUAGGCGACGAAGAACCAGAGCCUGAGCUCAUCUCUCUCGUAUGUACACCAAAUUGGAAGUUUAAACUUGAGAAUUCGGGUUAUAACCCUAGUUUCUAUUGGCCAUGCAAAUACUGGGAGGAAAUGGUUGCCAAAUAG